AUGCAUUAACUAAAUUGGAGCAAUAUCAAGUCACAAUUAAUUGUUACACCGAAGCUAUUUAUAUUAAUCCUAAAUCUGAUACUGCAUGGAGUGGCAAAGGUAAUCCAAUGUUCAAAUUAAAAAAUAGGAUAUGCAUUAGGCUGUUUGUAUAAAUUUCAUGAAGCAAUUGAAUGUUUCAAUGAAGCCAUUUCUAUUAACCCAAAUAUGUUCAUGCAUGGUAUAACAAGGGUAAUCUAUUAAUAAAUAUUAUUAUAGGUAACACAUUAAAAACAUUGAAUCAAUAUGAAGACGCUAUUGAAUGUUACAAUGAAGCAAUAUCUAUUAACCCUAAAGAUGAAGAUGCAUGGUAUAGCAAGGGUAAUUUAUUGUUAAAUAUUAAUAUUUAGGUCUCGCAUUAUUCAAAUUGAAUUAAUUUGAAGAAGCGAUUGAAUGUUACAAUGAAGCAAUAUCUAUUAAGCCUAAAUAUCUUUAUGCAUGGUAUGACAAGGGUAAUUUAUUGUUAAAUAUUAAUAUUGAGGUCUCGCAUUAUUCAAAUUGAAUUAAUUUGAAGAAGCGAUUGAAUGUUACAAUGAAGCAAUAUCUAUUAAGCCUAAAUAUCUUUAUGCAUGGUAUGACAAGGGUAAUUUAUUGUUAAAUAUUAAUAUUUAGGUCUCGCAUUAUUCAAAUUGAAUUAAUUUGAAGAAGCGAUUAAAUGUUACAAUGAAGCUAUAUCUAUUAACCCUAAAUAUGAUAAUGCAUGGCAUAACAAGGGUAAUUUAUUGUUAAAUAUUAAUAUUUAGGUAGUACAUUAUUCAAUUUGAAUUAAUUUUAAGAAGCGAUUCAAUGUUACAAUGAAGCUAUAUCUAUUAACCCUAAAUAUGAUAAUGCAUGGCAUAACAAGGGUAAUUUAUUGUUAAAUAUUAAUAUUUAGGUAGUACAUUAUUCAAUUUGAACUAAUUUGAAGAAGCGAUCCAAUGUUACAAUGAAGCAAUAUCUAUUAACCCUAAAUUUCAUUGGGCUUUUGAAAAUAUAGGUAAUGAUAUUUAUUAUUCAGGUUUAAUUCUACAAAACUAAUAGAAAAAUAUGGAUGCACUCACAAUUUUUGAACAAUCACUUAAAAUAAAUCCUUAUGCUCUAAGAUUAAAAUAUAAAGGUAAAUUCUACUUUAAUUUCUUUUAGCUAAUUCAUUAUUUGAAUUACGUAGAAGUUCAUAAGCUAAAUUCUUUUAUUUUGCUGCAUUGGAAAUGGGUUUGGAUCAGAAUGCUUAUAUAAAAAGUAAACUAUCAAAGUAAUGAAACAUUAUCAUAUUAGUAGAAUUACUUCAAUUAAUCUAUAAUUUUAAGGGUAUAUCUUAAUGAUCCCUUUCAAAGAUUGUUCUGUGCGCCAAAUUGUAUAAUACCUAAUUAACAAUUAGUGUUUAAAUGUGGUAUUUUAGAGAAAAAUAUUUGGUCUCUUAUACAGAAAAUACUAAAAAUGAUUACAGAAAUAAAAAGGAAUCUAAGCUAGUAAAAGAGUUUUCCUUAUUUAAAUCCAUAGAGACAGAGAAAAUUGCUUUCCAGAGUGGCAAGAUUUUGAAACAUAAGAUAAGUAGAUAGUGAGCAAUAGUCAAGUUAAAAUUCCACAAGAAUAUU